CACUUUCAUGGGUGUGGUGAUUAGCUUGCUUGGGGACAUUUUUGACAAAUCUGGCCGAAGUGACGUUAGCUGUGGAUCCCGGAGAGCCUCCUAAAUUGCCCUAAUAAGAACAUUUUCACCCUCUAACAGGUUUUAGCAUGGUUGUCGUAUGAAAACGGAGAGGUGUAAAAAGGAGCGCAAGACUGAGGAGGGGGGGGAAAAAAAGCCUAUUUCAGGUAUCAGCUGGUGAGGGCGUGCGUGUGUGUAUGUGUGCCUGUGUGGGUGUGUGUGUGCGCGUGUGAGGGUCGCCCAGUCAGCCUUUGGAGCGUAGUGUGACCUGAACACAUCUGAGGAACAAUGAGUGAGCUGGAACAGUUGCGGCAGGAGGCGGAGCAGCUACGCAAUCAAAUCCGGGAUGCCCGGAAAGCCUGCAGCGACUCCACUUUGUCACAGAUCACAGCUGGUCUGGACUCGGUGGGCCGGAUACAGAUGCGGACGAGGCGCACUCUCAGGGGCCACCUGGCCAAGAUCUAUGCAAUGCACUGGGGAAGUGACUCCAGGCUACUCGUCAGUGCCUCGCAAGAUGGAAAGCUGAUCAUCUGGGACAGCUACACCACAAAUAAGAUGCAUGCCAUCCCGCUGCGCUCUUCCUGGGUGAUGACCUGUGCCUACGCCCCCUCUGGGAACUACGUGGCCUGCGGGGGCCUGGACAACAUCUGCUCCAUAUACAACCUGAAAACCCGGGAGGGCAACGUGCGCGUCACCCGCGAGCUUCCCGGACACACAGGUUAUUUGUCCUGCUGUCGUUUUUUGGAUGACAACCAGAUCCUGACCAGCUCUGGAGACACCACCUGUGCGCUGUGGGACAUCGAGACAGGCCAGCAGGCCACAUCGUUCACCGGCCACACGGGCGACGUGAUGAGCUUGUCUUUGAGCCCGGACUACAAGACGUUUGUGUCGGGCGCCUGCGACGCCACCUCCAAGCUGUGGGACAUUCGUGACGGCAUGUGCAGGCAGUCUUUUACCGGCCACGUGUCCGACAUCAACGCUGUCAGCUUCUUCCCCAACGGAAAUGCCUUCGGCACGGGCUCAGACGACGCCACCUGCAGGCUGUUCGACCUGCGCGCCGACCAGGAGCUGAUGAUGUACAGCCACGACCACAUCAUCUGCGGCAUCACGUCCGUGUCCUUCUCCAAGAGCGGCCGUCUGCUGCUGGCGGGCUACGACGACUUCAACUGCAACGUCUGGGACACUCUAAAAGGCGAACGGGCAGGUGUGCUAGCAGGCCACGACAACCGAGUGAGCUGCUUGGGCGUGACGGAGGACGGCAUGGCGGUGGCCACCGGCUCCUGGGACAGUUUCCUGCGGAUCUGGAACUAACCCCGCCCCAAAGCUGGCUGUCCUCCAUCUCCAUCUCCAUCACCACACCCCCAGUCGCUGUGCCAGCGCUGUGAGACAACACACAAGCUUUGGCCACCACCGUGGACGAGGGAUCAAUUAGCGUACCCUGGAAGUGAAUGAAGUGUAGAGUUAGCCGCCCUGCCCAAACCUGAUCCUGUUCUAGUAGGAAGCUGUCUAUGAAGUCAUGUCUAUUCUAACGUGGGGAACAGCAUUGAGGGUUGUUGUUUUAUUUCUACUUCUUCCCACGUGGACUCAAGCGAGUGGCUUCAACAGCAGCAUCAACGUGUGUGCGUGUGUAGAAGAGGAGGACAAACGCUCCGUAGUAGUCUUCAUUUGGAAGACGGGCGCCCAAACGUAGGACGUGGAGGUCUACAGAGACUCUUCAGCAGCACUCCAACUAAGUUGAAGGAUGGUUUCCAAGCAGGUGUGAACUUCAUGGAUGUCAACUCGUGUGCCAUAAAUGGAGAGGAAAAAAACGCAACACUUUGUUUGUUAGUUUGUUUUGUUUAGGCAGAAAGCAACUAAUACACUCCCCAGCUGUACAAUGUGACUUACUUUCACUUUCACUUUCCUUUUUGCCCUCUUGAAGCUUCCUUCCCUUGUCGGAUGCUUGGACCUGUCGUGCGUCAUCUCAGGUGCCUGCAUCCCAAAACGCAACAGCAAACGUCCUUCGGUACCUGCUCGGCUCCAUCCCAUAAAGCAUCUGUCAUAUUUGGUGUGUUUCUGGCCCAAAUGAAGCGUAAAAGUGGCUUAAUGAAGUCCAAUACAAAUAGAAGACGUUCGGGAGACGCCGUCCACACAAAGGCGUGAUAUGUAGGAUUCUACGCUGGUCACUAGGGGUCAGUAAUGUUCACUUAAAAGAAGGAACUCUGCCAAUGCUGUCAUGUCUUAUUUCCUUUUCAUGUCCACUGUAUUGGCUAAUAGGACUAUAGGGGUGUUACUUCAUGUCUACAGGGCUCUAAUCAUGUUCAAGUCUAUUUAGAAGGUUGGCAACAGGCUUUCUUUGCACUAACUACAGGGAUGCUCCCAUCAGGGUUUUAUGCUGCCGAUAUCGAUACCGAUCCCGAUCAUCCAUGAGUGAAGGGACAGAAGCCGAUCACGUGGAUGAUGUGUGCGUUAUUCCACUUGUUAUGAUGAGUGCUGUUGGCCGGGGAGGGGUGAAGGUUAGCACAAGUCCAAGGUCUCCUGCUGCUCCAAAACAGGUCCUUUCAUGGAAAUUGGCCGAUCGAUCGGAGCAUCCCGACUAUCAAAAUCUUCUGAUGAGUCGUGCUUUGCGGAACGUUUAUCACUAAAGGUUCUGGCAGACGCCCCUUUUGCACAGCCUGGGCAAGCCAACAGCUGCUGUCCUGUGUAAAAGGCACCACUGAGGGAGGAAAUGAAGCAGGUGGUUUUCCAAUCUAAGCCUUUUUCUGUAUCAAAGGACCCAAACGCAGAAUAAAGGUCGGAAAUCGACCUGGCAAUCGAUCCGCCUGAGGACGGCGUAUCGGAGCCCCUUUCACACCGGCGGCGUAGAAACGGCCCCCACGCAGAAUAAGAACAUGAAAUCUGCUGCAGACGCCACCGUCCUGCUGCCUUUCUUCACGUGGAUGUUCAACCACCUUGAGAGGUUGUACCAGACCCCCCCAUUCCACGGCCGUCUUUGUCCUUCUGGCUGUUCUGUCUGAACAGCUCAAGCAGCAGCAGCACUGCCUUUUUCUGUGGAAAAGUCACCAACACAGAACAAAAGCAGGGGAAUGUGACCAGGCCUUUUUCUACUUGGGAGGGUGUCAUUCAAACGCCCCUUUUACACCAUCCUUUCCUAUGCUGCUGUUGUGUAAAAGGCACCGACACUUCAUGAGGGGACGAAAGCCACCAGGCAAUAUUCCACCUUCUGAGCUCGUAACCGUUGGACCCUUUUUUCACCUGUUUUGUGUAAACGGCACCGACAGAACCAGGAUGAAAUUUACCAGGCACUUUCCUGCCUUGGAGGGUCCAAAGGAGGGUGGCGCCUCUGGAAGCUGACGUUUCUUCUGCCUUUUUGUUGUCUUGCUGUUGCUGUCCUGUGUGGAAGGGAACAAAGCCAACCAGGCAGUUUCCACCUUUUCCUUUGCUUCCUUCUGUGUAGCUGCUCUGUGUAAAAGGCACCCACACAGAUUGGCGAGGGGGGGGCAACUUGACACGCUCGUUGUGUGAAAGCACAAUAUUCCACCUUGAGGCAAGGAUGGAUAAAUGCGGGAAUGUCUGUGGGAAAAGAGGACUCUGAGCUCGUCUUUUUUUACCCCCCCCCCCCCCCCCCAAACACUGCACGCACGUGACGCUUUCAAGGAGCGUCCGUGAGGGCUUUAGCAUGUAGCUUAGCAGCCUAGCUUAGCGCACAGAGCCUUUUGUCCCGCCGCUUCCGCAACAAACAAAUUCAUCUUUUUGUCUGUUGGCCGAUGGCUCCAAAUAUCACUUCCACUUGUCGGCCUGGACGACAGCACAGCACACAACUACAGGGGCAGUAUCGCCGAUACCGACACUUUCUACUUGAAAAUGUUGAAGACCUGGCAACGAGCGAAAUGAGCUGUCAUGAUCGUGAUUGCAGUCAGAAUGAAGAAGAAAGUCCAAGAACGUAGAAUAAAGAACAUAGAACAAAGAAGAAAGUCCAAGAACGUAGAAUAAAGAACAUAGAACAAAGAAGAAAGUCCGAGAACGUAGAAUAAAGAACAUAGAAUGAAGAAGAAAGUCCAAGAACGUAGAAUAAAGAACAUAGAACAAAGAAGAAAGUCCAAGAACGUAGAAUAAAGAACAUAGAAUAAAGAAGAAAGUCCAAGAAGGUGCUCCUGAAGGAAUUCAUUCAGUUGCUUUUGUUCUGUUGGCCACAAAUAAAACUGACAGUCAUCAUAUAAAUGCUCAAUUAUCAAUGUUAUCACGUCGGUAUCGAUAGCAGUGAUGCAUGGAUCGGUCCGGGCGCAAGUGGAAAUGAGCUCGCGUGGUUUUAACUUUUUUCCUUCAGUGUUUGGUGCGGAAAAGGCCAAACUUAAGGUGCUUUCACGUCAACGUUGAUACUUUUCUAUUUGGUCACCACGGCGCACACGUGCACUCACGUGCACGCGUGUCAGCCUCAAUGCCGACAGUCCUUCAAAAGCAGCGUCUCGUCACCAAUCUUUUUUUUUGUUUCAUUUUGUUUAUCGUUUCAUGCCGGAAGCGACUCUGUGACGUCAGCGUUCUCUCACGCUGACGGGAUCUUUUUCUUUGGCUUUUCUUUCUUUUGCUUUUGGUUUUUGAAUGUAGCGUGUCUUGGUGAUAUGAUAUGUUGCCAUCACUUCUUCUAACCAAUAAAAAAAGGAUUUGAACAAAGAAGUUCACGUUGUGGGUUGGAUGCUUCUUACAGUGGAACACGUUUAUGUCCACAGGCCCUUUAUGUCAACCUGCUUACGUCCACAACCAGUCUGCUGACAACCUGCUUACGUCAGCAACCUAUUGACAUGUUUGUCGACGACAACCUGUUAAUGUCGACAACCCAUUUAUGUCAGGAACGUUUUUCAUGUUUACAUCGCCAAUCCGUCUGUUGACAACCGCUUAUGUCGACAAUCUGUCUGUUGACAACCCAUUUAUGUCGGGAACCUUUUUACAUGUUUAUGUCACCAAUCCAUCAGUCAACUCGCUUAUGUUGACAGCCCGCUUAUGUUGACAACCUGUGUACAUGUUUAUGCCGCCAAUCCAUCAGUCGACAACUCGCUUAAGUCAACAGCCUGCCUAUGUCGCCGACCCAUUUAUGUCGCCAACCUAUUGACAUGUUUGUCAACAACCCGACUGGCGACAUUUUUUUCUUGUCUAA